UUUAGAUCUUCGAAUAUUAAAUGUAAUUUGCCCCAUAUCCAGUUCAGUCUAAUUGUCUCAGCAUCGGGUUCAGUGAAUUGUUCCUGUAUAAGGCUCUAUGAAAUUAGUCUCCAUAAAUUUCUCCAAACAAUUCUCUCGGUUUCAUUCAAAAUAAGCUUCCCAGUAUCAGGCUAAAUGUAUGACGACAACAUGUAACUCGGGAUCAAACCAACCAUAUUACCUGUUGCCCCACCGAUGGCCAUUAGUACCAUUCUGAUCAAUGGUCAGUUAGCUUUUGCGAGACUGGUUGUAGGUUAUCGAUGAUGGAGUAACUUCCGUGUCUAUUGAUCCUAUGAUCAACACUAUAUAAUUAACCCCGGUGGUAAAUAUCAGCUCCUGAAGGACGGUCAGGCCGACCUAUUACUGGAAUAACUCUACAUCAUUAAUAUUUUAAUCCUCAGAUUGAUUAUACAAUUAUGCCAGCCUUUUAUUUUUCAUCUUUGAAAUUGGGUUACAAAAAAGCGUUUUAUAAAUACACCUUUCUGGCUGCUUUGAGAAUGCAAAAUGUCGCGUCGAUUCAUAUUGGAGCUAUACAUGUAUUUAAUUGAUUUUUCCUUUCUAGAUGUAUUGGUCUUUAUUUCAAUGGGUCCGUCAGAUUUUCCUCUGAAAGAAGUAAUUACUAAAGUUAAAUGCCUUGAGAUAUAAUUGCAAAUAUUCAAUAUUUAACGGGGUAUAUUGGGCCCAUAUUUUGUUGGGUGAUCAUCUGUAGAUUUUAUUUACGUCCAAAUCGCACCGAAUCGCACAGAGAUUUAAGGUAACAUAAAACAUACAAUCGAAAACAACACAGGUAUACGUGAUACUUAAAUUCUUGACACGGGUUUGGGGUUUUAAAAUUCUGCUGCAUAUGAAUCAAAGAUAAUGGAUACGAGUAGAAUUAAAAUAAAGUUUUUAGCUUACAACAAUACAAAAGACCUAAAACCAAAUCGGUGUUCAGAGCAAAGGGCGCAUUAAACACUUAUUCUGAAUGCAGCGGUCAUUAUUGUUAAAACCGACUGGAUUGUGUGAGGUGUGAUUUGGUUAAUCCCGCUGGAAGACUUCAAUAGUUGACCUCACGUCUUGUUCCAAUUCUACAAUAUGGAACUAAAAACUUGCUCCAACUCUAAGAAGAGAAUUGAAUAUGAGGGCCCAGUAUUUCCCAUGGAAAGAUGAAACUGUGUGAAUUGAUAUUUAAUAUCUAUCGUUGGAUUUGAUUUUUUCGAUCAGUGCAUUGAACUUAAAACAAUAGGCAAGGGCGAUUAACACGACAGAAUUGUGUUUCUAUCACUUGGCAGUUUAAACCUUUUGUUUUGUCUCAAUAUGAGAGGAGAUCUUUAUCUCAGCAACGAGCAGGAUGCUCUUUAAAUUAUGGCCAGACAGACCCUUGAAAAACGGGUGUUAGGGCGAAGAGAGAGACCAUUGGCAAUAGCUCGUUAUUCCAUUCAGAAGAAUGUACUCGGCAAGACAGAGGGAGUCUAUGAAAACUCCGAAAUUUCAGCGACUAAAUGGCUGGGAUCUUCCUGUUGGAAAUGACCCUUUAGACAUAGUUGCAUGGACGAGUCUUCAAACUGCUCUACACUCAAAGAAAGACCGAAAGAAAUCAAAAUCUCCUGCAGAGGAUUUAACCCACAAACAUGUUCCAAACUACCGUUGUUCAGCAUUAGAGGAACCAACAGAGUUCGAGCGGAAUAGCCUGCACCGAAGACUCUUUGUAAAAGAAGCAACAGCGACAGAACAGUCACAAGUUAGACCGAUAAAGCGGUCCAAAACAACCCUAUCACUGACCACAGUCCGAACCAAUCAAAGUACUGUACUGCAGAAAGUCGUCGAUGUGACGGAGGAGAGCUACAAGGAAACAACAAAAUCAAGAGACGAUAUUGAUGUACUUACUAGAGUUGUAGAAAAAGAGGUGGAAAGCAAAAAUGAAACUGUUCCUAAGCGGAGUCGGAGUGUUCCGGUGCCUUUUAUACCGGACCGAUCGGAGCAAGGCCCGUCCUUCCGGCGGUUAUUGUAUUACGCGCGAAAAUACGGAUCAAAAGACAAUCCAGUGGAAGAGGAAGACGAAGGUUAUGGGUCCAAAACCCCGAGCGCAGAGGAUAAAGAUGUCACUAGUCUUUUUGAGGGUUUCUCGGCCCAAGGUUUUCGAGAAGCUUCUUUAGACAAUAAUGGACAUAUGGAGAAGGGUAAGAAAUUCGCAAAAUUCUUAUAUACGCAUCAAAUUCCUAGAGCAACGUCAUUGUUUGAAGAGUCAGAGGACGACAGAGCCAAUAGAUUUGGUAGACAGAGUCUGAAGUAUUACAAGACAGGAUAUGUAGAGGAAAAAGAAAGUUUGUUUGUGAGGAGAAUGUUAACUAGAUCACACUCGAGUGUAGGUCAGUAUGAGAGUUCUUCAUUUCACAAUAUUGAGGACAUGAAACCUGCCAUUGUUCCCAGAAAAAUCACCAUUCAAAACGCGCAGGAGGAUGAGACAACACCAAGAGGCGAACAACCCGCCGCCGCCUUAGAAAAGAAAACGUUUUACGAACCGCACAAAACUGUAGUGAAACAAAAUGCAUUUGCUCAAAGUCAAAGUGACAGGCCGCAAUACCCGGUGAAUUGCACGAGCCCAGAGUUCAAAUUUGCACACUUACCACAACGGCCAACGUCGAAAAAACAGCAGAGAGAUGCAAACCCUUCCAGCAAUACGAGGAAAGGUUUGACAGAAUCCGCCAAGAAACGUAGGACCCCUAGUUUUGAAUUGUUCAGGGCCCACACCAGUGUCUGUAUGCCGUUAGGAGAUCUGCUACCAGCAGUCGAUCGAAGUCUGAAAAAAGUAAGCGCUUCAAAGUCCAAACAGAACCAGUCAUCUCAGGUAUCACAGUCCAUGCCAGAAUCACUUAGUUCCAUAUUGUCCGUCCGGAAAUCUUACGACGAGGUCCAGCAGGCAGGACUGGAGUAUAUCAUGAACAAACACGGAAAGGGAAUUGUAUCGCCACCAUUUCGAAAUUCAAAUGCCACAACAAACACAGAGCCCACUACCAACGUUAAACCAAUGUUGGAAAAACCAGUGAAACCUCAGAACACAACGCCAUCUAGAAUCAGCCUCGACGAUUUUGCAUCCGUGUCCUCGCUAUCGACGUCAAGAGAGGAAAACAAAGCGAAACCAACCCCAGCCACAUCGAACACCCCCAGCAAGCAGCGGGAGGGGGUCCCGUCUCUAGCGCUUAGCAUGUCGGGAAUUGAUAUCGAAAUAAAACACGGGAUUAUUGAUAAAAACUUGAAGGCCAUCGGGAAGGUACGGUUUACCGCCCAUCCGGACAAAGACACGAAGAAAAAACUGCGGGACGCUUUCUCCCGAUUUUACAAUAAACAGCCCUAUGGCGCCAAUUCCCCCGGCAACAACUGGACAGAGGAGCUGAAAUUUAUGUGGAACACGUGACUCAUGUCUUUCAUUUGAAUCUCCUAUUUUCAUGAAUAUUUAUUUUAUUUUAAUUAUUAUUUAUUUGUAUUUUAUUUAUUAUUAGAUCAUGAAUAAAUUAUUACGUUACUUUU